AUGGCAAAGUCGACGGUGCCCCCGGGCGCCUUCCCUUCUGCACCACAGGCGGCACCCGCGACCGCACCACCCGCGCAGCCUGCGGGCCAGGCGACCAAGCCGAAGAAGAAGAAAAAGGCAAAGGGAAAGAGGCAGGGCGCGGACGGCGCAGCAGACGGGCUGGCAGCCGACGACGACGACCUCGCCCCCAUCGAGGACGUCGACCAGGUCCCCGCAUCGACGCCGGCGCACGCGCAGCGAGACGCGCACUACACGUACCCACACCCGAGUGCGACCCCGUCCGACCUCCUCUCGACCGCGUCCGACCUGUACCGCCAGAUCGAGGCCGCCGCCGCUUCCGCUCUCUCGUCGCACCCCUCCUUCGCCGCCUCGUUCCCGCAGGCCAACGCCAACGGUGCCAUGCCCGGCGCACCGACCGCGACUGACGAGGCGUACUGGACGUCGCUCCCUCAGCACCUCCGCCAGUUCAUUCGCUCGGCUCUCCCGCUCGCUGCAGGCUGGACGACCGGCCCGAACGGUCAGCCUGUACCCGCGAACGGCGCAGCAAACGCCAACGGUGCAGCGGGAGCGAUCCCUCUCGCAGGCGUGGUCGGCGGAGGAGGCGCAGCUGGUACCGGCCCUCUCCCUCCCCUCACGCACGACCAGCUCUCUUCCGCCGCAGCCCAGCUCGCGCAGAUGGUCCAGUCCAACUGGGGCCAGUUCGGUCUCGGUCCGAUGCCAGCAUCUCUCGGAGCAGCCGCGAACGGUGCGGCAGGUCGGGGCGGAGCAGCGGGAGGAGGACAGGCAGGCCAGCCGAACGGCGCGUCCGCAACCAUCUCGCUCGGUUCGUUCCCCGUCGGCAUGCCCACGCGCGAGCAGAUGGAGGAGGCGAUCGGCUCGAUUGGCGGCCAAUUUGCUGGAGGCGAGUUCACCAUGACCAUGGGCUCGGGCGGUUUCCCUGUUCCUCCUGCUCCUCCCGCUGGCCAGGACGGCCAGGAUGGCGCUCUCGAAGACACCGAGGACGAGGACGCGGGUGCGGACGGCGCGAACGGCGCUUCGUCGGCGGCCAAGAAGAAGAACAAGAAGAAGAAGAAGAAGGAGCGCGAGAGGGCUGCCGCCGCCGCCGCCGCUGCUGCAGCUGCCGCGAUGGCUCAGCAGCAACAGCAGGCUGCACAAGCUGCCCAGGCCGCCCAAGCAGCCAAGGCCGCCGCAGCAGCCGAAGCCGCUGCCGCCGCAGCGAAGCCCGCUGCCAAGUCGCCCGCUCCUCCCGGCGCCUACCCCUCCGCCUCGCCCGCCCACACGCCCGUCACUCGCACUGCUCCCGCGCCUUCCGUCCACAACACGAACGCGAACGCCAAGGCCGGUCCGUCGAGCGAGCGCGACAAGAUCCGCGACUUCUGGCUCGGCCUCAAGGAGGAGGACCGCAAGGCCCUCGUCAAGGUCGAGAAGGACGCCGUCCUCAAGAAGAUGAAGCAGGCGAUGAGCGGGACUCCGCAGAAUGCGGGUGCUUGCAGUUGCGCAGUCUGCGGUCGCAAGCGAUCCGCCAUCGAGUCCGAGUUGUCGUCCCUGUACGACGCGUACUACGACGAGCUCGAGUCUUAUGCCCUGCAUCAGCAGCGCUACGCGACUCUUCCGCCCGGCACAAUCCCUCCUCCUCCCGGUCCCGGUCCCUUCCCCGGCUCCGUCGACGCAUCUACGCUCCCCGCGACACCGCCCGUCGAAGCGAACGCCGCGGCAAAUACCAAGGCGCAGCGAGGGCGAGUUGUCAAGCCGACGCGCGACCACAAGAACGUCCGACCUGCCGCCGUCAAGAAGAAGCCCACAGCAGCGAACCCCCCGACGGCAGCCGCCGUCCCGCCCGUGCCGCCAGCGUCGAACCCGCCUCAUACGCACUCGCACAACCACUCGCACUCGCACAAUCACUCGCACAACCAUGCGAAUCCUGGACACGGCGAGCCUGGACACACUCAUUCGCCGAGUUGUCCGCAUCACCCGCAUCACGGGACCGACUCGCGCCAGAAGAACAAGGCGGCGGUCGUGCAGCCCGAGGAGCCCGAAGAUGAGGAGUACGACGACGACGAGGGCGAGUAUGACGACGACGAGGAGGAAGAUGGAGAUGGCGAGUAUGACGAGGACGAGGAAGAAGAGGAGGACGAGGAGGACUACGAUGACGAGGACUCGCUCGCUCCCGCCGACGACCAGCCUGCACCGGCGCGCAAGUCUCGCCGCCAUGCGGAAGGCGAGGGCGACUUCUUCGGCUUCGGCAAGAGCCUGACGGUCAAGGAAGGUAUCCUCACUGUCGCCGACGAGCUCCUCCAGAACAACGGGCAGAAGUUCCUCGAGAUGAUGGAGCAGCUUGCCGACAAGCGCGUUCGCCGCGACCGACAGGCGGCUCAGGCGUUCGACGACGAGCAGUCUGGCGCCGAGGACCGCAGCGACGACGGCGAGUACGACGAUGAGGAGGAGGAAGGCUCUGAAGAUGAGGAGGAUGAGCCCCUCACCGAGCAGGAGCGCGUCGAGGAGGGUCGCCGGAUGUUCCAGAUCUUCGCCGCGCGCAUGUUCGAGCAGCGCGUCUUGACCGCCUACCGGGAGCAGGUCGCCGCCGAGAAGCAGAACCAGCUCCUUCGCGAGAUCGAGGCCGAGCAGCGACUUGCCGAAGAGCGCGAGGCGAAGAAGGCCAAGGAGGCGCAGAAGAAGAAGGACAAGAAGAAGGCGGAGAAGCUCAAGAAGGAGGAGGAGCGCCUCAAGAAGGAAGCCGAGCGCGAAGCCGCCGAGCGAGCUGCCAAAGAAGCCGAGGAGGCUCGCCUCGAAGCCGAACGUCAGCGCAACGAGGAGCAACGCCAGAAGCGCGAGGCCGAGCGCCGCGCUCGCGACGAGGAGAAGGCCCGCCGCGAAGAACGGGCUCGUCUCGCGCGCGAGGAGGAACGUCUCAAGAAGGAGGAGAAGGCCCGGCAGGCAAAGGAGGCCAAGGCGCAGGCUGAGAAGGAGGCGCGCGAGAAGCGGCAGCGGGAGGAGGCCGAGCGGAAGGCGCGCGAGGCUGCCGAGCGCAAGGAGCGAGAAGAACGGGCCGAACGCGAGCGCGAGGAGCGCGAGCAGCGGGAGAAGGAGGAGAAGGAACGCAAGGCCCGCGAGGCGGCCGAGCGCAAGGCGAAGGAGGAAAAGGACCGCGCCGAGAAGGCUGCUGCCGCCGCCGCCAAGGCGAAGCAGCAGGCGAUGGCGACGCCCAAGUCGCCCGUUAACAGCCGUGCCGCUCCUCCCGCGAAGCAGCAGCAGAACAUCCCGCAGCAGAACAUCCCUGGUCUGCCGAAGCCGCCUCCGCAGCCCAGCAAGGCCACCUCGCCGACGCCUGGUCAACUGGGAGCCGGACGCCAGCAGCCGACCUCGUUCCCUCCUGGCGUCAUCCCUCGCCAGCCUUCAAUGUCGGGCGCAUCGCCUGCACCUCAACAGCCGCCAUCGCAGGCAUCGCGACCGGCAGGCCUCCCCUCGCAGCCGCCCAUGCCCUCGUACGCCCAGCAGCGCCCGCCCUCUCAACCUAACGGCAUACCCUCUGGCCAGCGCAUGUUCUCGCCGCCUCCGCCGCCGAUGGGCAUGCAGCACCAGCAGGCCUUCGGCAACAUCGGCAUGCCCCCGUCGUUCAUCUCGCCGCCGCCGCCUCAAAUCUCGCCGGUUGUCGGUCGUUCCGGCGCGCCUCUCGGCCCUCCUCCUGCGACAGUCUCGUCCCCGCCCGGCAUUCGCUCCCCUUCGGCGUCGACCGGCCUGUCGCUCGGUCAGUCGCCCGCGCCUAUCGCUCCGCCAGGCUCAGCACCAGGUCUCGUCAGUCCCCGGGCGGUCAACGUCGGCCCUAUCGGUGGGAUCAUUGGUCGACCGGCAUCGAACGCGUCGUCAGGUCCUCGGGCGCCGUCACCUCCGUCUCGCGUCCUUGGCUCGUCCGCUUUGCACGAGGACGACGAGAUUGUCGUCCCGCCUCAUCGGGCAUCCUUCUCGAGCACGUCGGCAGCACCAAUCGGCAGCAGCAUCGCCGCCUCAUCGUCGCUGGGCGCCGCAUCUUCCGUCACCGCCGACUGGAGCUCGCCGUUCGCGACGAGCGGCUCGAUCUGGGGCGGUCCAGCUGUCCCUGCGCUGUCCGUCCCGGUCGUCACGCCUCCCGACCGGCCGUCCGUCAUCCGCGACCGCGCAAAGGUCGCGUGGACCAAGAUGGACGAGUUGGGCGGGUCUACCAAGUCUGCGCUGCCCGUCACCGACGUCCACCGAGGCAUGCUCGCCCUGUGGGCGGAUUCGGCAUCGGUCACGGUCACCGAGAUGGUCGAGGCGAUGCUCGUCGAAGGUAACCCGCGCAAUGGCGGCGGCAGAUUCGUCUGGGAAACGUCUGCGGCUGACGGCAACGUGAGCGUCCGCUGGGAACUCUAG